GAUUAUCUCUCCUUUUCUUUGGUAUGAAUUUUGAUGACAAUAUGGCACAGAAUAAACAAAGAAAAGCCAAGAGAUCAAGCCGCAAUGGAUCAACCAAAUUGGCGAUUUGUCCCUCUCAAAGCUUAUUUUCUUUUCUUGGAUAGAACACGAAUAAACAUGCCAGAGAAUGAUAGCAAAUGCACAAAAUCAAGAAGCGAGAGCUUCUUUUCAUGAACUUCUCAUUCCCAAAAUUGAGAUCACUACAUUUUCUUGUGCCAAAUUGAGAUCAAGGAUGGGCAGUCAAAUUAAUUAGGGCUGUUAAAUCUUUUCAAAGCUUCGCUUCCUCAUGGUUAAAGCAACAGUGUCUUCCUGUGCAAAAGGGAAGGAGAUGUCCCUUUCUCUCAUUUACUCCACCACACCUUCUUCAUCUCACCUUCUUUGUCACUUAAUCUGAUCCAUCGCCUCGUUAAGCAUCCAGCUCUCUAUAUAUUGUAGUUAAACUCUCUCAUCCUGUUCGGGCAAUUUCAAGUUUGAAGAGCUCCAGAAUUCCUGCGUCGAGGAUUGAAGAUACUCACAAAUAUAAGAAAUAAUUAGGCCAUGCAGUGCCUCCAGAUUCCUCCUUCCUCUGGCACUGAGAGUAGCAAGAAGAAGAGAAAGAAGCAAGAGAGAGAAGGAGAAGCCGUGACUGAAAAGAAAGACAAGAGGGACUACAUCCGUGUACGAGCUCGCCGUGGCCAAGCCACUGACAGUCAUAGCUUAGCUGAAAGAGCUAGGAGGGAGAAGAUUGACGAGAGGAUGAAGUGUUUGCAAGGCUUGGUGCCCGGUUGCAACGAGAUCAUGGGAAAAGCCAGCGUGCUCGAUGAGAUCAUAAACUAUGUGCAGUCUCUCCAAAGCCAAAUCGAGUUUCUGUCACUGAAGCUGGCUGCUGCAAAUCCUGGAAUGCACUGCAUUAGCAGUGAAGUGCUAGAGUUAAAUUCAUCCUGCAACUCCAGCAACAUUGAAGGAAUUAGCCUGCCAACCAUUAACGAUCAGUUGGAGCUCUUACAACCUGCUAGUGAUUUCUCUGGUCUGCACAUGUCCAUGAAUCCACAGAUAACUUGGCUCCGAAACACCAUCAGCACGGUGCCUAUCCAGUUGCACUCCUGCUUCAAUGUAAUUGCCUCUACACCAUCAGUUAAAGACAUAAAUAUGUAAAUGGAGCUCUUUCCUAAGAGCUUAAGAUUUUUGUUUCAUAUGCUGAUAUGAAACUUCAUCUUCAAUUUUCACUGUAAUCCUUUUGUUAGAUAUGAAAAACCUAAGGUUCUUGGGUCUUCUGCUUGGGAUGAGACCUGUAUGAACGGCUUCCCUGGCCUGGAAUCCGACCGAGGGAAGGACUCAGAAUUAGAGAAGGGGAAAACUGAAA